AAUUUUGUUCCCAAUUUAUUUGAUUUUUCCUUGAACAACAGACUGUUUUUUGGAUCUUAAAACUAAAAACAAUGUGGGACGAGAUGUGGAGUUACGUGGACAGCGGCGCGGCGGAGCUGCAGGCGGCGCCGUGUUCCCGCGGGAAACACUCUGCCACGCUGCUCGGCGGGUACGUGUAUGUGCUGGGCGGCCGCGGCGCCGGGGGUUCGGUGCCUCUGCGAGACUUCUGGAGAUACUGUCUGUCGAGCGGUGUGUGGGAGCGAAUAGAGGCCCGAGGUGAGCCGCCGCCCGCCCUGCAGGAGCACAGCGCCAGCGCUCACGAGGAACGACUGUACGUGUUCGGCGGAGAGGCCGGCGCGCUCUCUAACGAGACUCCGCUUUGGAUAUAUGACACUGAGACUUUGGAAUGGCGUAAAUUGCCAGGCCAGCCGACCUACUCCACACUGCGACGACGGAACACAAAAGACACCCGAGCAGCGAAUGUAGGUCCUCGCGGACGUCGCGGACACUCGGCCCACACCCUCAAGGACUGCUUGCUCAUAUACGGCGGAUAUAUGGACCUGAGAGGCUCUACCAAUGAACUGUGGGCUUUCCAUUACGGUAAGACUUCGAGAGAACUCUUCACUUGGCGGGCCCCCGCCCCCGCUCUACGGCGCGGACACCGACCUGCGGCACUGCGCGCCGCCGUGCACCGCGCGCGGCUCUACGUGCACGGCGGACACUGCGACCUGCGGCACUGCGCCGACCUCUGGCACUACGACACCGUGUCCCGCGUGUGGACGCAGGUGCGGACCCCCCCGCGGCUGUCCCCCAGCGCGCGCAGCGGACACGCGGGGCUGCGCGCCGGCGCACACCUCUACAUAUUCGGAGGGGAGGCCGACGGACACUGCACCAACGAACUGUGGCGGUUUCAUUUCGAGAGCGAAACGUGGGAACAGAUAAUCCAAACGUCGAAGUGGCCGUCGGCGCGGGUGGACGGCAGCGCGCUGCUGGUGCCGUGGGCGCGGGGCGGCGCGGAGGGCGCGGGCGGGGGCGCGGCGGGGGGCGCGCGGGGCGCGGGCCGCGGGGAGGCGGGCGGCCUGCUGCGGGAGAUCGGCAAGCUGUCCGGCGUCAGUCUGCGGCGCGGCGCGCGCUGCUCCUACAGCGUGCUGGCGGCCGAGCGGGACUCCACCGAGAGCCUGGUGCGGCACGAGGCCGCGCUCGCCAAGUCGCACUCCGCGCACCACCUGCCCGCGCGCCGCGCCCCGCCCGCGCCCCCCGCCGACGGGGACGGGGGCGGGGGCGGGGGCGCGGGGGAGGAGGAGGACGAGGCGGAGCCGGGCCCGCGGCGGCUGCCCAAGUCCGCGUCGGUGCGGUUCGCGGCGCCGCGCGACGAGGAGCUGUCGACGUCGGACUACGCGAGCGCGGAGGCCGUGAGCCGGCUGUCGGGGUCGCUGGGGUUCAGUAACCCGCACUACGAGGGCGCGGUGGAGCUGCGCGAGCUGUCGCCGCGGCGGCCGUCGCUGCAGGUGCUGGUGCUGGGCGGCCGCGAGCCGCCGCACCGCGCGCUGCUGCGGGCGCCGCUCUCCAUGUGGGCCUACCGCCUCCUGUAG